AUGGAAGAAAAGAAAUUAGACAAAAAUUCCGAAAAUAGAAAAGAAAAAUCAAACUUUCUUGAAGAGAUAUGGUAUGAUUGUUAUUUGUAUAAUGGUAUUGGUGGUCAUGAAGAUAAAGAGAAAGCAUUGAAGCUAUAUAAAGAAAUAACUAAUGCGGUAUUACUAG